AUGAGUGAUAAGUCAAGUGAUACUGAAGAUUGGACUUUUGUUGAUAAAGAUGGAGAGUUAGAGUUAACUGAUGAAGGUAGCAGUGCUAGUUCUAUUGAAGUGGUCAAUGUUGAGAAUGAUGUUGUAACAUAUCAGAAUCGUAGAUCUUUAGAAAGAUCAAUUUCUCCUACACUCCAAAAUAGGUGUACUGUGGAGAAAGAAAAUGGAAAAUGCUCUGAAGAAUGUCAGGCAGCUGAAAGUAACCAGUGUUUUACCAGUCUUGAAAAUCAGGAAGACAUUGUAACUAAAGGUUCUUUAGACAGUAACAGUGAUGCAGAUAUUGGUGAUCAUGAAAAAGUUGACUGCUCAAAACAGAAGUUGUCUCCCAUGAACAGUUUUGCAGGUGAUCAACCACAAAUACAAAGAGAGAUGUCUGUAUCUAGUGAUACUAGCAAUGUACCUAGUAUACAGUCUAUUCCAUCUGAUCUUUCUGAUAAUAGUAGUGAUGCAGAUUCUGAUUACAUUCGAUUAGAAUCAGAGAGUUUAGAUGGUGAUAAUCUUCUUAUGACAUCUUCUUCAGUUAGUUCUAAUUUUAACUUCAUCAGUAGAGAAAACUCAGCCUCAACUGAGGAUAGUGCUGGAGAUAAAAUAGCUGUGGCAAAAGGAAGCAAUGAAGAACUUGAAGAAAGCAGCAACUUAAGCUCUGAUAAAAGCAUCCACCAAGAGCCUUCUAAAAGCAUCAACCAGGAGCCUUAUGAAAGCUUCAACCAGGAAGCUGAUAAAGGCAUCAACCAUGAACCUGGUCUAAAUGGCAACCAGGAAUUUGAGGAUGACAACCAGAACCCAGCAGUAUCCAAUAAUCAGUUGCUGGAAGCUGACAACCAGAAUCUUGCAGAUAUUGACGAUAGGUUGUAUAAUGGAAUUCAAAAUUUGGUGGUUGACAACCAAGUGCUGGAAGCUGACAACCAGAAUCCUGUAGAAAUGGAUGAUGGGUUGGGUGUUGAUGUCCAGCAUCAGUUGGUUGACAAUCAAGAGUUGGAAGAUAACAAUAACCUUGAAAAUGAAGAUUUAUCUGAUAUGGAACAUCAUGAUCAAUCAGCAGAAGUGGAAGAAGAUCAAGACAGGAACACUGAUUCUGGUACUGAGGAUGAUAGAAUUGAGAGUGAUCAGAGUGAUACUGGAUCUAUUCCACCUUUAGAUGAUGACAUGUCUUUCGUUAAUGACAUUGGUGAUUUACCAUUAGUAGCUGGUGAUGUACCACGCCAAUAUGUUCAUAAUCCUAACCGUGAUUUAAACCUUAUAUUAGAUGUAAUUGCUAUACUAAUGUUUGCUGUUGUGCUUGGACUUGGUAUUGGUCAUGCAAUUGCAACAUUUGAUGAAAUAGAAGAAUAUGAAACACUACAUUCUAAUAUUGUCAGUUUAAGAUCUCAAGCCCUUACUUGCCAGAAUCAAAAAUGGAGUCAAAAGCUCACCAUCAAUGAUUUAAGAGUAGAUCAGCAGAGUUUAAACAUGAAAUAUGAAGAAAGUAAAGCUGAACAGGAGAAAUUAAGAAUUAAAAAUGCAUUGCUAAUAAUGGAAUUAGAGGCAUUUAGGAAACUUGAGACCAGCGCUGAUAGUGAUAAUGUCAUAAGACUUAAACUUCAGAAUGAAAUUAACCAAUUAAAAAUUGAGAAAGAGGAACUAAAACAAAUGAUUGGUCGAUUAAAAUACACAACUCAUCCAGCCAAUAAGAAUAUAGGCAACACUGAUAAUGCAAAAUUUAACAAUGAACUUUGUGAUAAAUCUGCUAGUGACACAAAAGCAGCUUUGAAAUAUCAUGGAAAAAGACUUUCUGAUUAUUCUUUAGAUGACCUGCAAGAGAUUCACAAUUCUGAAAGCCUGGACAAUUCUCUGUUAAAACAAGAAGUUGGUAGACUUCGCUAUACCAGUCACCCAAGUAACCAUGUAACUGAAAUGGAAUCUUCUGAGGACAAAGUUACUAUAGAAACAGAGCAUCAAAAUAUCACACAAGAUUUUAAAUGCGAGAAUGUGACUGCUCUGAAAGAAGAAUUAGAUCAUGCUCAACGUUAUGCAGAAAUCUGUCAACAGAUUAAAGAUACGUGGCUUCAAGUUAAAAAUCUUUCUCAUCAAUUUUGGGCUCAGCACGAAGGAAAAGUCACCAAAACUCUAACCAAAUUCACUAACAAAGUUGUCAAUAUUGGAAAGAGACUUCAAGAUAAACUUCAACGAAAAGUUUCCAGAUGGUAUAAGAAAGAUAAAGGAAAGCAGCAAAAAAAUAAAGAGUCUUCAGAGGGAAAAGCAAGAAGAGACAAAGGCCAUGAUAGAAAAAGGAUUAAGAAAUCAAAAAGCAAUGCAAAGCAUCUUAAACAUCAAGCAAAACAAGAACGAAAAUUCCAGAAACGAGCUGUAAUCAAGGAGAAAAAGAAGCAAAAAUCAGAGAAAAAACUUAAAAAAACCAUUAGUAAAUUUCUAUAUAAAAUGUCCAAUAAAAUGAACUAUGAUGUAUUUAAAAAGUUAGAUGAGAAAGCCAGACAAUCAGUGUUGAAUAGAAUAUACCAUAUUCAACAUUUUGCAACUGAAUUAGGCUUCUACUCAGAUAAACAUCAAUCUAACAGCAACAUUAACAACUAUUUAGAUUUACUGAACUGUCAAGAUCAAUGGUGGUCAAGUGUAGUUGUAAAAGAUUUGCCAACAGACUCUCAAAUUCUCCACUGUUCUCAGUUUCUACCAGAUUGGCAGAUGAAAAAGCUUUUGAUAAGACGAAGAACAAUGCUCAUUGAAGGAAAGCUGGAAAUGUCUAAUGAAAUGACAGUAAAGAAAAUAGGCGAAAUACAGAAGAAAUUCGGUAUUUAUGACGGAAAUGAAAAAGGGCACCAGGUUAAAGAAGGAACACAUUCAGAUGACACAUAUGUUCGAUCCAGAAAAACAACAGAUGAUUCAGGUGUCUGGCAAUUUCAAAGAGCACAAGAUCGUGAAGAGGUACGUAAAAGAGAGUCUGGUCCAGAUUGGUUGUUUGAGCGAGCAAAUCGGCGUAAAGAAUCAAGAGAAGAAGAAAGUGAACCUGAUUGGUUGUUUGAAAGAGCCAAACACCGAAAGGAUUUAAGAUAUAAAGAAUGGGAAGAGCCAGAAUGGACAUUUAAGAGAGCUAAACAUAGAGAAGAGGUCCGCGAAGAAAAACAUCAACCAGAUUGGAUAUUUGACAGAGCUCAUGAACGUGAAAAAAUCCGGGAUCAAAGUUCAAGAUCACCAAGACGCCAGCGUCAUGUAGCUCACAUGGUGGAUUGUCUUUAAGGUUGACUGAAAGUGAGAAAACCGUAGAAUGUGUCGGCCUUGUCAAAUGUAGAACUAUAUCUCUGCCUUCACUUCAAUAAUAUAGAGCUAUUAUUGUUCUCUUACUUCUCUAACCUUCAAGUACGUUUUAAAAAAUACUCUUUGUAAACAUCGGAUUGUCUAUAUCACAAAUACAACCGUUACGUAUGCAGAUAUUCAGUGUCAAAUUAAGUCUUUUAUUCUUGAUUAUAGUUAAAUGUGUCUUUAGGUGUCUUCGCUUCGGAUCAUAGUAGACUUGGCGGUAGGAAAUUAUUAUGCAUGCCUAGAUGGCAACUUAUAAGUAAACACCCUUUUAUCAUUGAAACCACCCUGACAAUUCCUUAGAUCUAUACACUUCUACUGUGGUGACUCUCUGUGAUUAAUGGUAUAAAUAAUAAUACUUGACUUGACAGAUGUAUAUUCGCUGUAUAUAGAAAUUUGCUAUUAGAAGACUUUCUUCAUUGUAAUUCUUAGAAAUAUGUUAAAUUACUAACUAUGUUUGAUUUUGAGCAAUUUGUUUAAGCUUUGGGUGAAAUAAUCCUCGAUGUCGACACAAAUUAUUUAUAAAUGGGCAUUUAUUACUUUCAAUUUUUCAUCUUCCGUAUCUAUAAAGUUAUUUUAUUCCGCAUUUCAUGUUUGUCGGAACUUUCAUAGUUUCUAAUUGCAUUAUUCAAAUAUGUCGUCUGAAAUUUGUGGUUUCUGUCAUUCCCCUCACAAUGGAUCCGUUUAUGUCACCACUGGGGCAAAAAGUACUUAGCGCUAGUGAUAUUUCCGGUAGGUAGCCAGAAACUUCAGUUGUUAUCAGGUUUGAGAGUGGUACAAAGAGAUGGUGUCGUCGAGACAUAUAUGGAAGAGGAAGUCUCUUAAAACCCUUUAAACACAGAGUGAAUGAGGAAUAACUGUACACAUAUUUUUCAAAACAGUGUUCCUAAUUUUGAUACAACUUUUCUUCACGCCUUAUUUAUGACUUUUUCUUUAUUAUUGUUCAUCGUUUAAUAGGAUGCUUUUUUAGGGACCAGGUGUAGGAUGUUAUAUAUCAAAGUCAUUGAAGGAUUUUUCAGUAUUAAUUUGUUUGGCUAGAUUUAGUUUCACUUUUAUUUUCAUUUUUUUUAUAUAAUAUUAUGGUUGUUGUGUUUUGAACAUAUUUAUAAUAUAAUGUGAUAGUGAUACUUAGUAUAAAAUAUAAAUUAUAGUAAUUAAUUGUUUUUAAACUGUGAA